CUGCGUUUCCCGGCGGUUGCGCACGCGGACUGCAGCAGAACUGGGACACGGGCUUCCGGGACUCGGCUCCUUGUGGCCCCGGCAAGUACCACUCGUCUGUCGGGUGGCACGGGGGGAGCAGGCCGAGACCAUGGGCCGGCUGAACGUGGUGAUGCUCCGCUACCUGUCCCGCGACCACUUCAGAGUCCUGACGGCGGUGGAGAUGGGUAUGAAGAAUCAUGAAAUAGUCCCUGUUAGCUUGAUUGCCUCCAUAGCCAGCCUGAAACAUGGAGGAUGUAACAAAAUUCUGAGAGAGUUAGUGAAACACAAACUCCUAGCUUAUGAACGAACUAAAACUGUCCAGGGCUACCGAUUAACUAACGGAGGGUAUGAUUACCUUGCCUUGAAAACUCUAUCAUCUCGACAAGUUGUCAACUCUGUUGGAAACCAGAUGGGUGUUGGCAAAGAAUCAGUUGCAUGAUCGAAAAUUUCCUGUUCCAAAACCAUUUGACUACAAUAGGCAUGCAGUAGUUAUGGAACUUAUUAGUGGUUACCCUCUGUGCCAAGUGCAUCAAAUAGAAGAUCCUGCAUCUGUGUAUAGUGAGUUAAUGGAACUGAUUGUAAAACUUGCCAACCAUGGUUUGAUUCAUGGAGAUUUCAAUGAAUUCAAUCUCUUAUUGGACAGCGAGGACCAGGUUACCAUGAUUGAUUUCCCACAGAUGGUGUCAACAUCUCAUCCAAAUGCUGAAUGGUAUUUUGACAGAGAUGUUAAAUGCAUUAGAGACUUUUUUAAGAAGCGUUUCAGCUAUGAAAGUGAACUUUUCCCAACCUUCCAGGAUAUCAGGAGAGAGUGCUCUCUUGACAUAGAGAUUGCAGCCAGUGGCUACACAAAAGAAAUGCAGGAGGAUGAUGAACUGCUUUACCCAGCUGGUCCUGAUGAGGAGGAUUAUAAAACAGUUUUUACACCACUUGUAGACGAUGUUGAUGGGAAAGUAAAUUUGUAUACCACCGAAGAAAACAAAAUAAAUUUCACAGAUGAAUUGGAAGAUGACACUGAAAGCAAAUCCUCUAAAGUUUUGGUGAAUAGCAUUAAAGAAGUUGAUAUAGCUGACAGUAGUAAAAAGGCAGAAAGUUUAGAUAUGACUGAGUUCAGCCAUGCUCUAGAAAAAGUUGAAGGGCAAAUUAUUGCAGGGAAAGCCAGUAAUAAUGCAGAGAGUUCUGCAAUUGAUUUUUCUGAGGAUGAAAGGAGAACUGAAAAUACCUCCAAAAUGGAAGAUCAUAUAGGUCAAGGAGAAGACCCUGCUGACAAAGAGUAUGAAGAUGAAUGCCCUGAUCUGGUUGACUUGUCAACAUUAAACAGAGAAUUCAAGCCUUUCAGAGACGAAGAAAGUAUGAUACACAUCAAUGAACACAGAACGAGAACCUUAAGUACCACCUCCGCUGGCAGUUUUGGGAGCUGUUCAACAAUUCCUCAGGAACUGGUGAAACAGAAGAUAAAACGUCAACUGACUAAACAGCAGAAAGCUGCUCUGAGACGACGGUUACAGAAAGGAGAGGCAAAUGUUUAUACCAAACAGCGUCGAGAAAAUAUGUUCAAUAUUAAAUCAAGUUUGGAUGCUGCUAGUUUCUGGGGCUAAUGCAUUAUAACUUCCAACGCAGUAUCAGUAUUUUUAUCCAUGAUGCAUAGAUUAAAUACUUGCUUUUUUUGGAAAUUGGAAUGUUUAUAUCUAUAGUCAAUAAAUUUCAUUCUUGCUAUUGUAA